GUCGAGAUCCUCUAUUACACAGAUUUUGUCCCGCUAAAAAGAUCGUCAAGCCCAGUGGCGCAGAGCUGACAGGGCGAUCCUCGGCCCCUCGAACUAACGCCUCAGCGCAGGGGAUCCAGAUCCGAAUCACAGAGCUCACUGAUCAGACCAGAACCCAACUUGGUUAGACGAAGCAGCCCGGCGGCGCUGAGCGCGGUCACAGCGCAGAUCUGUCUCGCCGUGAGAAGAUGGAGUCCCAAAAUGCAGCAGACGAGACGACGCCGUCGCCGAUGUUAGGCCUCCUCCCUCUCGCCUCUGCCUCCCAACAGCCCUACGUCUCUGAGCUCCUCUCCUUCACUCUCGAUCGCCUCCACAAGGAACCGGAGCUUCUUCGGGUCGAUGCGGAGCGGAUCCGGAGGCAAAUGCAAGAGGUGGCGGUGGGAAAUUACCGAGCAUUCAUUGCUGCAGCCGAUUCGUUGCUUGCCAUCCGGGAGGAAGUUUCCGCCAUCGAUAAGCAUCUCGAAUCUUUGAUAAAUGAGAUCCCAAAGUUGACAUCUGGUUGCACUGAGUUCAUUGAGUCUGCAGAAGAGAUUUUGGAGAAGAGGAAGAUGAACCAAACAUUGCUAGCAAAUCACAGUACUUUGCUUGACUUGCUUGAAAUUCCUCAGCUUAUGGACACAUGUGUAAGGAAUGGGAAUUAUGAUGAGGCUCUUGAUUUAGAGGCGUUUGUUUGCAAACUUUCAACUAUGCACCCCAAGUUACCUGUUAUUCAAGCACUAGCUUCAGAGGUCAGGCAGACAACCCAGUCUCUUCUUUCUCAGCUUCUCCAGAAACUUCGCUCAAAUAUACAGUUACCAGAAUGUCUUCGUAUUAUUGGUUAUUUACGUCGAAUUGGAGUGUUCAGCGAGUACGAGAUGCGUUUGCAGUUUUUGAGGUGCCGAGAGGCUUGGCUUACUGGAAUUCUUGAGGAUCUGGACCAGAGAAAUCCUUAUGAAUUCUUAAAAGGGAUGAUAAACUGUCAUAGAAUGCAUCUUUUUGAUGUAGUUAAUCAGUAUCGAGCAAUAUUUGCUGAUGAUACAUCAGGAAGUGAAGAAAACUAUGAUGGUGGGCUUCUUUUUAGUUGGGCUAUGCAUCAGAUUACCUCACACCUUAAAACUCUUAAAGUCAUGCUCCCAAAGAUAACAGAAGGGGGAUCUCUCUCAAAUAUCUUGGAUCAAUGCAUGUAUUGUGCCAUGGGCCUUGGUUGGGUUGGGUUAGAUUUUCGGGGCCUGCUUCCUUCACUUUUCGAAGAGGCAGUUCUCAACUUAUUCUCAAAAAAUAUGAGUACAGCAGUUGAAAAUUUUCAGUUGGUCCUGGAUUCACAUCGUUGGGUCCCACUACCAGCAAUUGGCUUUCCAGCACAUAGUAUUGGCGAUGACAGUCAGGAGGAUAUCACUCCGCCAUCUUAUCUAAUGGAACAUCCGCCUCUUGCCGUAUUUGUCAAUGGUGUAUCUGCGGCAAUGAACGAGCUACGUCCCUGUGCCCCAAUAAGUUUGAAACAUUUACUUGCCCAAGAACUAAUUAAGGGAUUGCGGGCUGUUUCUGACUCUUUAUUGAGGUAUAAUACAGCUCGGAUGCUCAGAGAAAGUGAGUCUGGACUUUUCCUGGCUCUUUGCCGGGCUUUUAUUGAGGUUGCUUACCCACAUUGUGCCACAUGCUUUGGUCGUUGUUACCCUGGUGGAGCUGCUCUUAUCAUGGACGCAAAGAACUUAUAUGAUGGAAUUGGCCGCCUUUUGACUGUAUCUCCCUCAAGAGAUCUUAGCAAACCAGUCAAGAAUGCAGAGGAAAAGAGCAUACCAGAAAAUGGUAACUUGCCUGUGGUGGAAAAUGGAGUUGUGGCUGACGUCGAACAAACUACAGGUGCCGAUCCCGAUGCCGAUGAAAAGGAGGGUGCUGAUGCUGAUGUAGCUGAUGUAAAGGAGGAAAGUCCUACUUUGCAGACCCGCGAAAGGCACAGUGAUGUGUGAAAGGCUGAAAGCACCUCUACCAGCAAUUAUUUUCAGCUUUUCAUUCCUUGAAACAAAAAGUGAGAGAGAGACGAGCAGCCCGAAGACGAAAACUGGGUCGUAUCUCGGUAGCUUGGUAUUAUUCUGUCGAAAGUUAUUGCUCAAUUUUUUUUAGAAGUUAAAAAGGGGAUGUAUAGAAGAAGAGGAAGAGAGAAUCUCAGCAAAAAUAGUUAGAGAACUUCAUUCUGUAUCUUUAAUUUGUAUUACAAAUUUUCUAUUCCAUUUCAUUACAUAUAAUGAAAAUGCAAUUUUAUCUGAA